AUGCCUCCAAUCAAUGGCGAACGAGUUUUUCAUGCCCCUCCCUUGGCUCCUCCCUUGGCCCAUGUUCCAGCUAAUGCUGAGCCUAUCUCGCCAAAUUCAAGCAAAUCGCCAAACGGCCCUAUAGUAGGCGGCCAGACUCCAGUUAUCAACCCUCAUGGCCCAGGUAUGCUUCUGCCAAACUCCACAGCUCCCCUUUCUUCCCUAAGGCUUCUGCAUGCCCUGGUGGCUCAGGACCCACUCCAUCUCCUUUCCAUUUCCAAAAACUUGACCCAUAUUUAUGACUCCAGCGAUUUGCGCUACCCUGUUCACGAUUUGUUUCUUGUGGGCCAUUCUGUGCUUUCUUCUGAGCGUUAUUCCGUGUUUCCAAAUUCAUUGGCGCUUUUGGUAGACCAGCUUCAUUCCCAUCUUUCUGGUUCUGCCUUAUCUGAAUUCCGCUUGGGUCAGGUCUAUUCCAUUCUCGCUGUAGGUGCCCUUUCCAUGCCUCUGAAGGAAUUUGACCCUGAAGAACUUGCUACCAGUUUUAUCAACAAAUCCUGGAAUAUCGUCGUUGAUAAGCUUAACUCGGCCCACUCCCUGCUUUCAGUCCAAUGUGACGUGCUUAAGAACUUGUUCUUGCUCACAUAUAUUUAUCUUCGUUUCUUCAAUAAUGACUUAAUGGUAUCAUACCUUGAGGACUCGGCCCAUAUCAUCUUGCAGAACCUUCUGGCUUCUCCAGCCGACUCAGAGUUGAUUUCUUCCAACCUUGAGUUGUUCUGGUCUAUUUAUGUGUUGGUGCUGAAGUAUAAAGCCAACGAGGCUCCACCUAAGCUUUACUCGUGGUUCUUGGCUUCGAAAUUGCAAAAGGACUCUUCUAUAACUUUGGCCCAGGCGGUCAAAACUUACGCCAAACAGUCCUUACCCCUCGAGGACCAGUUCUUGCUUGAGGUUGUCAUUUGCACCCUUUCUAAUGAGGUUAACAACCUUGUGUUCAACAAGACCUUGUGGCUUUUUGAAUCUCUUGAUUCCUUGCAUAAUGCCAUUGUCUUGGCCAACAAGUCCAUGGUUUUGUCGCUGGCAUCUCCAAACGAUGGCAUGGAUAUAUUUAACAUUUUCAGGUCAAAGUUGAUCUUGGGUGCAUCUCCCACUUAUGAGGAGCUCUUACAGGCUCAUGUUUUCAAGAUUAGUGCUCCACAGCACUGGAACAUGCUUCUCUUGACUCUUAGAGAAUUCAAUGCUCCUUUCAGCUUUAAUAACUUUAUGCGGGAGAACUUGAUGCUGUCAUUCCAGAACUUUGGUAACAGCUUGCUUGGAUUCUUCACGUUUGAGUCUCUGAACAUGACCUCGCUGCAUGGCCACAGCUCUUCACCUGAGGUACACAAGAACUUGGGCAUAAUCAGCUUCCCGUUGAUUUUCCAAUAUAACUUCCUUCGCUUGAACAACGUGGAACCCCCAUUUAAGCCCAAGGAUCUCAGCAUUGUGGACCUUGCAAACUUGAAUAACUUGAUUUUGGAAUGGUACAUCACCAUCGUCAAGGUAUUGGUCAACCUCAUCACCAAGCGUUCGGCUGCUGAAGCAGAAGAUAUAGUCAGAAACAGCAAUGUUCUUUCUUGUUUGUUCUACAUGAUCAACAGCAACUGCACUUCUACGCCAGCUUUUGCUUCCACGGAAUUCUACUUGCAAGUGUUUGAAGAGCUUACCAAGAUUUGUGACACUUGGUUUAACUUCAUCAACCAAAGCACGAACUUGCGUAACUUGCGGAUGAACUUGAACCGUUUCCUUAACGACUUGGUGGUGCUUGCGUUGAACAACGAGAACAUCUCGCUUUCUGACUUGUACGUUGCCAACGAAUCCAUCCUCAUCAGAAACCGCAGGUCCAAGUCCAUUGGAUCCAUUGACAUGAGCUCCACCUCUUCCAAUCGUUCCUCGCUUUCUACAAGCUUCCCACCACAAGUGCCUCCUCAAAGAGGUGGCUCCACCAACUACGUCUUGAUGAACAAGCCUGAGAACGAGGCUGGCUCUCCUCAACCCAUGUAUGCUUCACAGAUGUCCCCCUCAUCGCUGCUUGCACCGCUCCAAGGUGUAACCAAGCUUAAGUUUCUGUCUCCAGCAGGCCCUAGAGUACAGAAGCCGGCAACACAACCUAUGAACUCGCCGCCGGUUCCGCCUUCAAGCACUUACGUUCUUCCUCCUAUCUAUGCUGCCGUGAAAGACCACGCCAAACCUGGGGAGGGAAUGAAGUGA